AUGCAGUUCAAGCAAACUGGAAAACGCAAAAGCCGUUCAAACAGCCAAGAGCAAGUUCUACAACGGACACUUCUUGAGCGUCGUGGAACCGGGUUAGAAGAAGCAAGUGCCCCGGAUGACUCUGAAUCGCACCAAGCGAAGCGACGAUCAAGCGCUCGAGACAAUCUGGACAAAGAGCAAAAGAGCAGUGACAAAGAUAACGAGGAUGCUACACCUGAAGUCUUUUGGCGAGCGAGUGUGUUGUAA